AGAGGGAGGGAGAGGGAGAGAGAGAAUGCAAGCUCAGGAAUAAGCCAGCAUCUUCGGGACUCUGGAACAGAAGGAAGAAGAGGGAUUGUGUGUGUGUGUGUGUGGUGGUGGUGGGGGAGAGAGAGAGAGGAUGCAGAUUGCAACACAUCAGCUUUGAAUGCAGCGGGCGAGAGUGGCUUGUGCUUAGUGCGCUGGGAUCAGGGGAUAGGACUCGCUGAUCAGACGCUGCCUCCUUCAUCAUUCCACCAUGUCCCGCCGCUGCAGCCUCUGCCUGAGCAUCUUCUUGCUGCAACUUUUAUCAGGGACUUCCCUGCUGGCAGAGACGGUGCUGGGCCCGCUGGCUGCCCGGCUGGGCAACGCCACUGGGCGCUGGGUGGCCGCAGCCUCCGGCCAGCCGCUGACCAGAGCCCUCCAGCCGGCCUGGGAGCCGGGGCUGAACGGGAGCGGCGGCGAGGACACCGCGCUGAAGAUCUUCUCCAUCGAAUACCAUCACGUCCAGGUGCCGUUCGAGAUCACCCUGUGGAUCAUGCUGGCCUCGCUGGCUAAGAUAGGUUUUCAUCUCUACAUCAAGCUCCCCUCCAUUGUGCCAGAGAGCUGCCUGCUGAUCAUCGUGGGGCUGAUAAUGGGCGGGAUAAUCUACGGGGUGAACGAGACAUCGCCGCCCAUCAUGAGUACGGAUGUUUUCUUCCUCUACCUGCUGCCCCCCAUUGUACUGGACGCGGGCUACUUCAUGCCCAGCCGCCCCUUCUUCGACAACAUUGGGACCAUCCUCUGGUACGCGGUGGUGGGGACCUUGUGGAACGUCUUUGGGAUCGGCCUGUCCCUCUACGGCAUUUGCCAGAUCGAGUCGUUUGGCCUGAAGGAUAUCUCGCUGCUCUACAACCUGCUGUUCGGCAGUUUGAUCGCCGCCGUCGACCCCGUGGCCGUGCUGUCCGUGUUCGAGGAGAUCCACGUCAACGAGCAACUCCACAUCCUGGUCUUCGGAGAAUCGCUGCUCAACGAUGCCAUCACCGUGGUUUUGUACAAAUUGUUUAAGACGUUCUGCACCAUGCCCUCGGUUGGAUUGUCUGACGUAUUUAUUGGGUUUAUAAAGUUCUUCCUGGUGGGGCUCGGGGGCCUUCUCGUGGGCUUUGUGUACGGAAUCAUCGCGGCCCUCACCACUCGCUUCACCGAGAACAUCCGUGUGAUCGAACCUCUCUUCGUCUUCCUCUACAGCUACCUGUCCUACUUGACUGCCGAGAUGUUUCACUUCUCUGGCAUCGUGGCGAUAAUAGCUUGUUCAAUGAGCAUGAAACGUUACGUGGAGGCCAAUAUCUCUCAGAAGUCUCACACUACAAUCAAAUAUUUCAUGAAGAUGUGGAGCAGUGUGAGUGAGACUCUCAUCUUUAUUUUCCUCGGCGUGUCCACUAUCGGGGAUAAGCACGAGUGGAGCUGGCCGUAUGUUUGUUUCACAAUGCUCUUUUGCCUUGUCUGGAGAGCUGGUGGAGUGAUUUUCCUGACGUUUAUCGUGAACAAGUUCCGUGUGAAUGUGGUAACGAAGAAGAACCAGUUCAUCAUCGCCUACGGCGGAUUGCGAGGAGCAAUCUGCUUCUCCCUCGUCUUCUUGCUGCCAAACUUCCCACAGAAGAAGCUGUUCACCACAGCCACCAUCGUGGUCAUCUUUUUCACUGUCUUUGUCCAGGGUAUGACAAUUAAACCACUGGUGGAGUUACUGGAGGUGAAGAGAACAAGCCUGGCUCCACCCACUGUCAGCGAGCAGAUUCACAUCCGGUUCCUGGACCAUUUGUUGGCGGGGAUCGAAGAUAUCUGCGGACAUUGGGGCCAAUAUUACUGGAAAGACAGAUUUGAAAACUUCAACAACAAAUAUCUCAACAAGCUAUUCAUCAGGGAACAGCAUCUGUCCAAGUCCAGCAUCGUGAUGCUGUACCAGAAACUGGAGAAGAAGCAUGCCAUUGAGCUGGCAGAGACAGGCCAGCUGGCAGGGACAGCAUCGACGGCAUCUCUACAGAAUGAGAAAGCCGCAGAAGUCACCAAACGGCCAGUGUCACCAGAACAGCUCGAUAAUAUCCAGGAGCUCUUGUUAAGAAAUCUCUAUCGAAUUCGGCAAACGAUGCCGUCCUACAACAGGCACACCUUGCCGCAGGGGAAAAGCACCAACCAGGCCAAGGAGAUCUUCCUGCGGCGACAGGAGAGUUUGCUGAAAGAUGACGUCUCUCUGAAUUCCGUAAAGAGGAGAUCGGUUUGUUUAGCCGAUGAGUCACAAAAGAAAGGCAAACUGGCCCGGUCCCUCACAGUUGGUGGAUACAGAGGCGAUGAAAACCAUCCCGAGAUAGAAUGUCCGAGUUUGCCCAAGUCCAUUUCAGUCACGCCGCAGCAGCCCAGCACAGCAGAGUGGAUCAACGAGGAAGAGCCGGAAAACCUGCAAACGCCGGAUGAAAACGGGAUCAAGCUGAAGUGGAGGGAUGAGAAUGAAACUGUGGCGGAAAGCCGGAGGUCUGGGCUCAAGUUGAAGCUCCAGUUCGCUUCUCCGGAUGCAAUUGGAAACGGGUCGCCGCGGGAUGGGACGGACAACCUCGCUCCGCUGAGCAGGCAGUUUUCCCAGCAGGUCCACGACGGAGGAACCGCGCAGAGCGAAUGAAAGGGAAGGUAGCCUUGAGUCACCAUGACACGAGUUGUUUUACCCUCAACGUUAAAAUGGAAGGGAGCAAAUUAAUUCAAGGGUAGACAUGAGACAAUUUACGUCCAACCUGUCCCACUUGGCGUUUUAUUCGGCCACUGUCGGCGUCAAUAGACAAUAGACAAUAGGUGCAGGAGUAGAGGCCAUUCGGCCCUUCGAGCCAGCACCGCCAUUCAAUAUGAUCAUGGCUGAUCAUCCCCAAUCAGUACCCCGUUCCUGCCUUCCCCCCAUAUCCCCCUGACUCCCCUGCCAUUUUUAAGAGCCCUAUCUAGCUCUCUCUUGAAAGCAUCCAGAGAACCUGCCUCCACCGCCCUCCGAGGCAGAGAAUUCCACAUUCACCACUCUCUGUGAGAAAAAGUGUUUCUGUUCUAAAUGGCUUACUCCUUAUUCUUAAACUGUGGCCCCUGGUUCUGGACUCCCCCAACAUCGGGAACAUGUUUCCUGCCUCUAGCGUGCCCAAGCCCUUAACAAUCUUAUAUGUUUCUUACAUGUCUUAUCAGUGUCGCCAGGAAAUUGUGAACAUUUCAAAAUCCAGCGGCAACAAAAAAAAUGUUGCGACACUUGAAAAAACGGCGCACGUCAAUAUACGUCGUCACGCGGCGUAUUUUUCGGUGACCUGAUACGUCACAGUCGGUGAUGCCGGCAGUUGCCGAAAAAAAUCGCCAAGUGGGACAGGCCCUUUAAUCGUGCACCAGAAAACGGCCGUUUUUCCACAAGGGAGUUUGCAGCCUCACACUGCACUGUCGGCAAUAAAUGAACCGGUCUCUCGCUCCAGAGAUCGACGCAAAAAGCUGGAGUAACUCAGCGGGGCAGGCGGCAUCUCUGGAGGGAAGGAAUGGGCGACGUUUCGGGUCGAGACCCUUCCUCAGACCCGAAACGUCGCCCAUUCCUUCUCUCCGGAUCAUGGCUGCGAAUCAGUACCCCAUUCCUGCUUUCUCCCCGCCUCCCUUGAUUCCGUUACCCCUCUGAACUAUCUAAGAAGGGUCUCGACCCGAAACGUCACCCCCCAUUCCUUCUCUCCAGAGAUGCUGCCUGUCCCGCUGAGUUACUCCGGCACUUUGUGGCGAUCUUCGGUUUGAAAACAGCAUCUGCAGUUCCUACCCACACUGUCUCCCCUUCCAUCUAGACUACCAGGCAGCAUCAGCUUGGCACAUGGAAUCUCAUACUGAAUGAAACCCAUUCUCUUGAUACAACCACUGCAAUAAUCUAACCCGGAUCGCCACAACAAACCUAACAGUACCUUGCUCCUCAGGGCUUCCUGCACCAGGAGGAGGGGGG